UUUUUUCUUUGCAGCGAGUAUUACCGGAACUUGUUGCAACAGUUCGCGAGCCACUGUCAGACGCCUAACGGGGACAUCACCGAUCCGGACUGGGUUGACUACCUGCCCAAGGAGCAGAACGCCGAGCAGUCCUCGCAGAAGGACAAUCGAAGGCCGCGGAGACCCGCGCAGUUUAUACCAGGCGUGCCGCAUAUACAGGCCUCCAAGAUAUUCGAGAUCGGGUGUGUCGCGGGCACGGAGAACAAGUGUCUCGAGCUGGUUUCCGCGGAAUGGCACAACACGAGGGUGACGCUGAAGCGACACAUCUUACCAACGUGUCGCGACGCGAUACGGGCGGACGUGGAGAUCCUUAGUGAAAUUCGGCAUCCCAACGUACUGCUGCUGAUGGCCACGGCGUAUACGCGCGAAUACGGCCUCGUCUCCGUCUUCGAGUCAAUCGACUGCUCGUUGUACAAUUACAUGCACGAGCAGGACGAGCGAAUAAGCGUGCAAGGAGUCAUGCGGAUCGGCAUGAAAUUGGCGGACGUAUUGAAAUACUGUCACAUGCGUGGAUACAUUCACACAGCGGUUAGCUCGCACUGCGUUUACUUUGCAUCCGAUGCGACUGUCAAACUUGGCGGAUGGGAGCUGGCCAGAGAAAUUGACAAAGUAUGUGGAAUUUAAAUUUUCUCUACGCCCC